AUGUCCAAGAAGCUGACCGGCGCCUCCGAAUGGGCGGGUGCCCCUCCUGCCUCCGAGGGCGGAUUCGCCUUUGCCAACGGCGAGUUCUUUGCCGAGGCCACGGGCCAGAACCGCCAUCGCCGUGCCACCAUCCCCGAGCUGAAGGAUCAGAUCGCGUCCGGUACUGACAAGGACCACCCCGCCCACUGGUUCGAGGCCCAGCUUCUCCACUACGGCCUCAAGCCGUCAAAGACAAAGUCGGUGGCCCGGAUGCGCCUGCUCGACGCUGUCAACGGGAGCGACCUGGCCGUCCCGGAUCACGUCUCCAAGUUGGAAAAGAAGCUCAGGACGGUGUGGACCAAGAGCGAGAGGGAAGCCAAGAAGAAAGCCGUCACCCCGGCUGCGAGUAAAGGCGCCGCCAGCACUGCCAGCGCCGCAGGAGGAGCGAAGAGGAAAGCAGAGCCUGAGAAGUCAACCCCACGAAAGAAACCCCAGCCUGCUGCAAACAAGGCCAAGCCCACUCCUGCCAAGCUAGAUGAGCCUACGCCGAGCAAGCCCCGAGCGAAGCAGACUGCCAGGCGCGGUGGUACUGCAGCGAGCGGACCAAGUCGAGGCUCUCCUAUCACCGCUACAUCACAAGCAUCUGCCAUGGCAAGACAAACUGCCAGGCGUGGCGGUACUGCUGCAAGCGGACCAAGUCGAGGCUCUCCUAUUACCACCACAUCGCAAGCAUCUGCCAUGCCAAGACAGACAGCCCGUCGCGGUGGUGUUGCUGCGAGCGGACCAAGCCGAAGCGCUUCGAUUCCCUCUGCAUCGCAGGCAUCUACCAUGCCAAGGCAGACGGCCCGUCGUGGCGGAUCUCGUGCGACUGCAAGAAAUCCACCUUCCCAAUCAAAAGGCUUCCCUUCGGGCGGAAUUGAAGUCUCGAGCGACGACGACGAUCCCCCACCACCAUAUAGCAUGGUCGAAGAUGAUGAACUCGCCCCCCUAGGACUACUGAACGGAGAUUACCACAUUCGCAGCUCAGACGUAACAGAUCAAUGGGACCAUUUUGGCUCCGAGUUUGACCUCACCCUCACCAUAUCUGGCAGGCAGCUCUGGGGUCGCUUUGAUCUGGGUGUCAUCGAAGGGAUCAUGCAUUUCUCCGAGCGACCCUGGGCUUCGUCUGAAGAGGGCCUGCCGUUCACCUGGCGUGGCAGAGAGAACGAGGGACCCAUAUUCUACGGUGGCCAUAACAAAGGCGAGAUUCGGUUUCUGGGUGGCGGUGUUAUCGAGGGUCGGUUCGACUACCAAGGCCUUGAAUUCGACGGUCGCAGGAUACCUGAUCAGGGAACAAGGAGCUCUGUCAGCGCGUCAAAUAUGGAGCAAGAAUGGGGGGAGUAUAAUGAGGAUCGGUAUGAGGAGGAGAAUCGGGCACGCUGGUAG